AUGGAGCUGAGAUCUGAAGAGAUCUUCUAUUCAGUUUCAAUCAAAGACAAACAUACACCUUCUGUGUUGGUUCGAUUCGGGGAAGAAGAAAUCGGAAGCAGAAAUCUAUGGAGGGUGGUGGCAAUCGAUCGCAAAGGAGGGAAUAAUUCUAGUUUGUCGAGCAAGGAACAAACACGUACGGUGACCUCACUGGUUCGUAGAGGGAGGACGAAACGAAAGCAGCAAGGGUUGUUGAAGCAGCUCCUGAGCUUCUUCUGUCACGGAAAGAAAUGUGAAUGUGGGGGGAAGAGAUGGUACGAUGGAAGCAGGGCAACAUCAACAAAAGUUCAGGUGGGUAUGGAGUCAGCGAAAGAAAAAGAGAAGGUUCGAGGGGGCUAUUGCCCUCUUGUCUGCUGGAAAAUCUCCACCUCCGGUGGGGGUUUCUUUGAUAGAUACUGA